CUAGCAUCACACCGCAAGCAUCACGUAUGGUAAACUGAAAUCCAUAAAGCUGGUGCAAUAAGCAUAUAAAAUUUUUGCAGCCUGCCAGUGACACCCUCGGACAAAACUUUACUUCGGCACUGUGCGCCAUGCGAGGCACACGGUACAGUGGAUUCUUGUUCCUGUGUUUUUUCCUCCUUAUCAACCAAAACUGUGUGGAAGGCUUUGAUAAAAUUUUUGCCUUUGAAAAUGAGGCAUCCAAAGAUGGAGAUCUGUCCAUCGCGAAAAUGCAAUUACCAAACAGCCAAGAAGGCUUGUUGUUCCAGCUCCACACUCCCAUUCACAUCUAUGGACAAGCGAUCGAGAAAUUCACGGUAAUGAAAAAUGGUCUGCUUGCUCUGGACGGCGACGCAUUAAAAAGCUUAUCAACGAACUAUCCAGAACAAACGGCGUCAUCCGGGCAACGUUUACACGACCUGAAUGAACGAUUCCUGAGCACAUUCAGCUCCGUGAAUGAUGGCCCUUCUGGCAUGGUAACUGUUAGAGAGGUCCAGGUCACCAAGCCUGACAAUCUAGGGUGUGUCAAUGCGAUACAACUUGCACGCGUUCAUCGGCUAAUAUCGGUUGGCCAUCCCGACGAGAAUCACUUCACGGCAAACUCACUUGUGGCGAUUUUCUGGGAAAAUAUGACCAAUAGCAUCUACGGUGACUCGAAGAUGGUCUAUUUAGUUGAUCUAUUCAUCUUCGUCUCUUGCUCUUCACAGUCCAACUCCUACACACUACUCAUCCUCACUGAUGGCUCAAAAUCAUACGCCGUGCUCCAGUACAUUUCAGUCGAGUGGCCUGAAAAAGACAUCACAGUCUCUAGCGCAAAACCACCGGAAGCAGGUAUUUUUAUGAAACAUCCCAAUGGCUUCCAGCUUCCACGGAGUGGUCAGUCAGUAGAAGUGUUCAAGUGGACUAAUGAAACCAAUGUUGCAGUGCCCGGUGAAUGGAUAUUCCCACUCCACGAUACACAAACAGACACCGAUGCAGCUCUUCAUCAUUUUCCGAGUAUCGCCUCAGAAUUCACAAAGCAGCUGAAGAAAAACUGUCAUAUAGGUGUCGAUGGUACAGGAGUUUCAAAGAACGCAGCGGUAAUGAGUGAUGGAACCGAGCACUUAAAUGAUCAGCCCAAGUCGGCAGAAUCUGAAGUACUUACAGAAGUGACACCCUCAUGGGAUACUGAUAGGUUUCCAGACGGAAUAGAUGACUAUUAUGAUUACGACGGACUGGAAGACGAUUGGCCACCAAGUACCGAUUCGAUGUGGCCAGUUGACGUUAAUGACCGGACAGGCAACAAUACUGAAGCAGACGUGGCAGAAGUCCUUCCGGAAUUCGGGCUGACUGUUCCCAUUAUGCCAGAAGUCGUCGAGGAAACCGAAAUUCCCAUGGGUGUCUACGACGGAGAUGGAGACCGGAUGAACACAGAGGAACCGGGAAUCGUGCCCAAAACUUUCAUUCCUCAAGAUGCUGAACUUGGCUUUGUGACCCAAGGGUCCAUGGAAUCUCCAUCAGAAGCAUCUUCGGCUUGGGAGAUGAGGACUGAUCGAUUGCCAGAGCCACGUCCUUUUGAGACACCAACGGAACCGUAUGUUAUGGCCAGAUCGAUAGAACCUCGUGUUUCAUAUGAUGAACGAUGCGAUGCUGCAGCAGAGUGCAAGGUCACCGAUUCUGAAUGUUUCCGGGUACAAGGACUGGCAUGUUGCGUUUGCCGUGACGGAUACUACGGCUCAGGAAAUCAUAAAUGCUAUUCCCAAGAAAGCGAUCACAAUUACGCCUUCAAAGGUACAUUGAAGUUGAAAUUAAUUCCGGACGAAACGAUGAAGGAGAUACCUGUGUAUCUGGAUAUACAGGUUGGAAAAAAUCCACGCAGCUCUAGUGGAUUGCGCGGUAUCGAUCCCCAUCUACACGAGUUCCAUUCAAUACGUUUCCUUAUGCCCAUAUUUCACCUUUUGGAUGGCCUGAUUGCAACCUCUUGUUCUAGUGACCCAGAUGUUGGUCGCGCCCGCACCUACAAUUUGUUCAGUUUAGGAAGUGCUUUUCAAGAGGAAUUCAAACUUCAGUUUGUGGUCCACAUUGAAGGUGUUGGUCGAAUGUCAGUUAUUGCCCGCUUGCGUGUGGAAGAUGAAUACAGCUCCUCCUACUCAAGAGGAACGUUGGAUAUGGAAGUUACUGCAACUGAACCAUUCACUUUGGUGACUCGCAGUUACACUGAGGGCACGUAUAGGAACAACGAUCAAGGUCGUAAUUAUUACACAUCGUACCAUGUGGACAAUUACGGGCGAAUCAUAUUCCCAGAGCAGCCGACGGCAUUCUCGGCAGAGUCUCGGGGAACUACAAUGGAAGAAAUUGCCAUGGAUGAACUCGUGGUGCGGUGGUCUGGAACAGGAGAGGUCAGCUCACCGGGAGCUGACAACCCUGCUGCGGGAUGUCUACUCCAGUCGGGAAGUCCAGUUCCAAAAAAUCAACAUUUCUACUUACGAAUGCAAGAACGAGGUUACUGUGGUGUGGACUGCUCCUCUCCAGACGGAUUAUGUAAUCUGUACUGCGUAGAUGUUACGUCGGUCCACGCUCGUGAGCCAGAUGCUUGCACUUGUAUCCACUGCCAACGGGAAGGGGAGAUAUGCAAACCAGCAGGUUCAUCAUAUUCUUGUGACUGUGCCCCUGGUCUACUUCGGAUGGUGGAUCAAACUUGUCAAGUGUACGAACACACAACAGAACAGUGUGGUCCAGUGUAUUGUCAUCAGUUUGCUCGGUGUAUUGAACCCCAACAAGGAUUUUGUCAGUGUAUGCCUGGCUAUCGUGGAGACGGCGUAUCACGUUGUGAAGAUGAUCCAUGUUCCCGUUGUCAACGUAAUGAGGUGUGUGUUAACGAUGUCUGCAAACCUUCCGGGGUGGAUUUAUGUGAAGGGAUACAGUGUGGAAAACAGGCUGUCUGUAGGGAUGGUGCCUGCAUUUGCAACCCAGGUUAUACCGGCGAUCCAAUGGUUGAGUGCCUUGAGGAACGUGGAUCCCUCUACCACUAUUGUGAUUUUUCUCACCAGACCGUUGUUACGGUGUCCGAUGUCACGAGAAUGCCCGAUGUUAUGAUGGCGUAUGCCAGUGUGUCUCUGGCUACGAAGGUGACGGUUAUUAUGAGUGUAGGCUACAACAGUAUGAUCCGUGCAAUGGGGUUCAGUGUCACCAGUAUGGUGUAUGUGAACAUGGACGUUGCCGUUGCAUCGAAGGUUACGAGGGGGAUGGAGUUUAUGAAUGCCGUUAUCGAGAUAUGUGUGACAAUGUGCAGUGUCAUUACUACGGUGAAUGCCACAUGGGUCGAUGCCAAUGCCGUCAAGGCUACGAGGGUGACGGAUACUGGGACUGUCGACCAAGAAGUUCGGGUAAUCGUACAUUCAUAUCAAUCCGCAGAUUCUUGCGACGGCAUUCGGUGUCACCAGUAUGGGAAGUGUGAAUAUGGACGUUGCCACUGCAUAGACGGAUACGAGGGAGACGGACUAUAUGAUUGUCGGCCAGCGAUUCGUGAUCCUUGUGACAGAGUCCGGUGUCACACGAAUGCGCGGUGUGUUGACGGUCACUGUCGAUGUGAGGCAGGUUUUGAGGGUGAUGGCUACUACUUUUGCAACAGAACCUUUUCGGUUCCGCGUCCAACUCCAACAGAUCCAUGCGAAGGAAUUUAUUGUCACCAAUACGGAAGGUGUGAAUAUGGCCGAUGCCGUUGUCUAGAUGGAUAUGAGGGUGAUGGGCGAUAUGACUGUCGACCAUCGUCCAGAGGGACCUGCGGCGGGCAUCAGUGUCAUCCGAAUGCACGAUGCGUAGAUGGCCGGUGUCGGUGUGAGGCAGGAUUUGAGGGCGACGGUUAUUAUUCCUGCAAAAGCACAUCUUCGGUGUCCAUGUCCGUAAUUUCAAUAGAUCCUUGCGAUGGAAUCCGAUGUCAUCAGUAUGCUAGGUGUGAAUAUGGACAAUGUCGUUGCAUGGAUGGAUAUGAGGGCGACGGACACUAUGAAUGUCGGCUGUUAUCCCGAGAUCCUUGUGAGGGUGUCCGGUGUCACAGCAAUGCGCGAUGUGUGAAUGGUCAGUGUCAGUGCGAGGCAGGUUUCGAGGGUGACGGCUACUACUUCUGUAACAGCACUUCACCUGCCGAUGAUAUACCGUAUGCGAUUAAACUGUUACGUCAUUCCGCAGAUCCUUGUGAAGGUGUUCAGUGCCACCAGUACGCUAGGUGCGAACAUGGCCGCUGUCGCUGUAUGGAUGGAUACGAAGGCGAUGGGCAAUAUGAUUGCCGACCAAUGUCCCGAGAUUUGUGUGAAGGAGUCGUGUGUCACCAGAAUGCCCACUGUCGCAAUGGUCAGUGUGUUUGUAACCCGGGUUAUGAAGGUGAUGGAUACUGGCGGUGUAGUCAUCCUCGCGCCGAUGAUAUACCGUAUGCGAUUAAACUGUUACGUCAUUCCGCAGAUCCUUGUGAAGGUGUUCAGUGCCACCAGUACGCUAGGUGCGAACAUGGCCGCUGUCGCUGUAUGGAUGGAUACGAGGGCGAUGGGCAAUAUGAUUGCCGACCAAUGUCCCGAGACCCCUGCGAGGGAAUUCGUUGCCACAUGAAUGCACGGUGUAUAAACGGACGCUGCCAGUGUGAUCAGGGAUUCGAGGGUGAUGGGUAUUAUUCAUGCAAUCAAACUGUGCUCGAUUUGUGUGAAGGAGUCGUGUGUCACCAGAAUGCCCACUGUCGCAAUGGUCAGUGUGUUUGUAACCCGGGUUAUGAAGGUGAUGGAUACUGGCGGUGUAGUCAUCCUCGCGAACCCGAAUUUAUCAAUGUAUGCAAAGACGUAAGAUGUCACAAAUUCGCUUACUGCGACAACGGUCGAUGUGUGUGUCGGGAUGGGUUUCAAGGAGACGGUUACUGGUCUUGCACACCUCGAAGGGGUGAGGCGAUUGUGACGAAUCUUUGUGCAGAUGUGAGAUGUCACCCGAACGCCAGAUGCGAAGCCGGUUACUGUCACUGCUUGGUAGGCUAUGAAGGUGACGGCUACCGGGAAUGUCGCGAACUUCAGCAGAUGGAAGAUCCAUGUACCAAAGUACAAUGCCAUACCAAUGCACGCUGUGAAGCUGGCGAGUGCCGCUGUGUUCCAGGCUAUACUGGGGACGGAUAUCGAGAGUGUAGACCUGCUAAGGGGGAUCUCUGUGCUGGUGUACAGUGUCAUGCCUUCGGUCAGUGUUAUGAGAAUCGGUGCUACUGCAGUCACGGCUACGUUGGUGAUGGCGUCAACUUUUGUGAUCCACGCACUGAUGAUCCGUGCGACAAUGUGCGAUGCGCCGCGAAUGCCGCUUGUCACGGAGGUAUCUGUUCAUGCAAUCCUGGAUAUAGAGGCGAUGGUUAUCAUGAGUGCCGUUUAGCGGAAGAUCCCUGCGCCCAAGUUCGCUGUCACCAAAACGCUUAUUGCGAAGGUGGUGUCUGUAGGUGCAUGGAAGGUUUUCAAGGUGACGGUGUGUACGAAUGUCAACCGAGAAUGGCGGAAGAUCUGUGUUCCAAAGUGCAAUGUCAUCCGGAUGCCGACUGUUAUCAAGGACAAUGCAUGUGUCGACCUGGCUAUGUUGGAGAUGGUUAUCGAUACUGUCACUAUUCGGGUUGGGGACAAUGUAUUGACCAGAACUGCCACCCGUAUGCUCACUGCGUCAACGACAGAUGUCAAUGCAAGCCUGGAUUUGAGGGUGACGGAUAUUCGGUCUGUACCCCAAGUUCAUCGGUUGAUCCGAGUCGAUGUGAGAACUGCCGUGGAAUACCGCUAAACGAACUGGCCCAGUGUAUCAACGGUCGGUGCGUCUGUGCCCAAGGCUUCAUUGAAUCGCGUCCGGGGACGUGCACCGAAUGUGUCCCGAGUGAUUGUCACGUCAAUGCUGCGUGCUUACCCAAUGCCCAGUACGGUGGAGUCUAUUCCUGUCAGUGCAAAUCGGGCUACAGUGGUGAUGGUGUAAAAAAUUGUGACCCGGACAGAGGUGUCGGACCUGAGCUUGAUCCGACAUGUGGUGGAGGUUGUUACGUCCGAAAUUCCGAAUGCAAUCGACUAACCGGGCGAUGUGAAUGCCGACAUGGCUAUGAUGGUGAUGGACGGAUUAGCUGUACCUGGAACUGCCAACUUUGUUUGCCAAAAGCCAUUUGUGAUCGAGAAAACGAACGCUGUACCUGCAUGGAAGGUUAUUACGGAGAUGGUCAAACCUUCUGCGAACGCAUUACACCUCAACCGGAGCCAGUGACGGUGCAAAUAACUGGUCAAGGCGAUGUUAUCCGCGUAGCUGACCUACAAAAACCACUAACACUUUUCUGCUACGUUACCACGAAGGACGAAUCGAUCACCGGCCAGUGGACACAGCCAAAAGGAGCUCAGCCAGCCGAGGUUUCUAUGAACCGACUUCCAACAGGACUUGAGAUUCAGUUGCGUAUUGCAAAGCCAGCGCUAACUGACGCCGGACGGUAUUACUGUCGUGCGAAACAGGCGGAAGCCUACAUUGACGUGGCAAUUCACGAAACCGCAAUGCCAUAUGAUAUUUUCCUAACAAGUGACGACGGAAUAUUGAAGGUACGUUCAAGUGGGCAAAAUUCAACAGUUGCCUCUCUUUGGAACCUUGCGGAGAACAACAAGUACGCCAGAGUAGCCAUGGUGACCGACUGUAACAGACAGUCCGUCAUCUAUACUUGCGACUUUGGCAAUACAAUUCGAUGGGGUAAUGCUCAUCACACGCAGAAGGAACUGAGUACUUCCAAGAUUUAUCAGUCGCAGCUGGCUCGAUUCCGAAACUUGGCGGUUGAUCCACCAUCUGGAAACAUUUAUGCCUGGGAUGAAGCUGCAAGCCAAAUGAUCGUGCUCAAUCCCGACAAACCGCACAUGAAGCACACACUGAGUAAUAUCGGAAGUUUCAAGCAAGGUGAACCAGUUCGCCUAGCCGGAAUGGCUUUACAUUCGUCACGAGGGCUACUAUAUUGGGCAGCAUUCACCGAUGGGUGGAUGCCUAAUGGGACGAUACAAGUCGCUUCGAUGGCUGGCGAGAAUGAGAGGCAGUUGCUACAGCUGAACGGAGAACCUCUCGCUCUAAGUCUUUCUCCAUCUUACGACGACAUGGACAAAUCUGCCGGUAGACUGUGCUGGAUUCAACGGUCCAUUACGAACGUGUUCGCCCUGGCCACAGAGAUGCAUUGUGCGCGACUCAGUGAGGAUGGUCGCUCUGUCAUAAUGCAGGAACGACUGAGGCAGUUCAAUCCAACAGAGGAGCCAUCGUGGGGUUUGGUCCACCAUCGUGGUACUGUCCUCUGGACAGACGCCUCCAAACCCGUCUAUUACUCUGCUAACCCCGCUAGACGCGUGCAUGUCCGUCUGGUGUGUUGUUCAAAUCGCUUCCAAUCCAUUGCCACUCUGGCCGUAUGCAAUCCUGAAAAGGUGGCUCUAAAAACCACACACUCCGAUCCCCCAAAGUUUUACCGUGAGAGCCGGCGAAUUGUUCAAUACGGUCCAAAUACUUUUGGAGCUAAAUGGUGGUGGUGCUCAAAGGACGCCUGCUGUGCGCAGCCACAUCAGGAAAUGUCCACGCCCAUCAAUCUGGAGCACGACACGCCCACGGUUGGUCAGUCAGCCGCUACUCGAAGUAGCUGUGUACCCGCAAUCAACCCCAGCAUCCCAACAAAAUCUGACGACAAGCACGGUCGAAAACAGAUGAAGCCUUUCACAAAUUCCGGGUCAUCGCCUCCGGACAAGGUCCCCAAAGAAAACUCGACUGUCCGCCGCUUCGUGGGCCAGACUUCUGAAUCAGAGGCAGGGGCAGGGUCCUCGAAUAAAACUCUACGUCCUCCCACUGCCUUGUGGGUCGGACUUUUGAGUCAGGCUCAAGUUUCUGGCCGGUGUGCCGUUGGUGGACACCAUGUGGCCAGACGAUCCCUUACAGUCAAGGAAAAGCACUGGAGACAAUUGAACACUUUAUGUACCUCGGUAGUUGUAUUAUCUCAGACGGUAGUGUGUCUGAUAAAGUCAGCGCAAGAAUCUCAAAGGCUCGAAUCACGUUUUGUCUUUGAUGAUGACGAUGACUCGCCACCGUUUCAUCCACAGUCGAACAGCCAAACGGAACGCUGGAACGUUGGCAUUUCGACGCGUGCACUUCAGAAACCCAGAGGGGAGGGGCCACCUGAAGAGAUUUUGCAAAGGUUUCUGCUGGCAUAUCGAGCGACGUCGAACCCGCACUCAUCCGAUGAAGUGUCGCCAGCAGACGAAUUGCUCCGAAUUAAAAUUCGGACACCACAUGACACUAUCCGGCCAGAGAAAGGCAAUUGA